AUGGAAGGUCUCCCUGGAGCGAUGGGAGAAAAAGGUGUGCAAGGCCAUCCCGGUCAGCCAGGAAAUAUCGGCGACCCUGGUGAUCCCGGAGAAGUCGGCUCUGAUGGUUCUCAGGGCGAACGAGGAAUUCAGGGGCCUCCUGGUCCUCAAGGCACUACUGGCGCUUUGGGGCAGUCAGGACAACAGGGCCCUAUUGGUUUGGACGGUCCGAUGGGCCCUCCAGGCUUUGACGGUGCACCCGGAAGGGACGGAAGGGAUGGACCGUCAGGGAGUAACGGAAAUAGAGGCGUUAUUGGAGAGCCUGGAGAGAAGGGGACUAUGGGCCCUCCUGGCCGGCCGGGUGUAAGAGGAAUCCCUGGAGAAAUGGGCUUUAAGGGACCACGCGGGCCCUUCGGGGUAUUGGGGCCGCCAGGGCUUCUGGUGAGCAUUGAGAUGAGGUGCAGAUAA